CCAGAAAUAGAAGGCGCGCGCAUAUUUCCACGCAAACUCGGAAAUUCAACCGCUAUAACACACAGUCACGCACCAAUCACAGAAGCAUUGUGAAAUAUCUCUCUCCCUCUCUCUCUCUAUCUCACCGAAAUCGCUUGAUUUUUUCAAUUUCGACGCGCUGAUGGACUCUAUUUCACUCACCGCCGAUUUCCACGCCGCUGUUCCACGUCCGAGGCUAGUUUCAACAGUUCAUGGCCGUAGUUUACCCUGCAGCAGCGCCUUCUUCCGCGCGCGCAGUUCCGGCCGGCGGAGUCAGUUUAUGCACUUCCGGCGGCCGGAUGCUCUUUCCUUCGCCUCCAAUGGUUCCACCAGUUCUAUUCCCACACGAGAAGGGAUCUAUACUGUCGGUGACUUUAUGACAGGGAAAGAGCACUUGCAUGUGGUAAAACCUACAACUACUGUUGAUGAAGCUCUGGAUUUCCUUGUUGAGAAACGAAUCACUGGAUUUCCUGUGAUUAAUGAUGACUGGAAGUUGGUUGGUGUUGUUUCUGACUAUGAUCUAUUGGCACUAGACUCCAUCUCAGGUGGUGGCCAACAUGAAACAAGUAUGUUCCCGGAUGUUGAUAGCUCCUGGAAAACAUUCAAUGAAAUUCAGAAGCUACUCAGUAAAACUAACGGGAAGGUCAUCAGUGAUGUUAUGACUCCUGCUCCCCUUGUUGUCAGGGAAAAUACCAAUCUUGAGGAUGCUGUGAGGAUACUGCUUGUAACAAAAUUUCGGCGACUACCAGUUGUUGAUGGUGAAGGAAAGCUGGUUGGGAUUAUUACAAGGGGCAACAUUGUUAGAGCUGCUCUUCAGAUAAAGCAGGCUGCUGAUGAAUUGUGAUUGGUGUCCAAAUUGCACACACCUCAAGUAAAGUUAUACUCUAGAUACAUGAUUCUGUUGCACAGGCCACUACAUCAAAUUGCGGAAUGGCGAUCCACUUCUACUUUCAAGUGAUAUUUGGCUUUCAUACCAGGCCGUGUAGGUAAGCAAGAAGGUAUCCACGAGCACUUUAUUCUGGUGCAGCAUCUUCCUCUGAGUCAUAGUUAUGUUUAUAAUUUUGGAAGUUGUUAAGUUAUAGCAUUCUAGUUAUGUGAUUUUCGUCUCGUGGUCUUCUUUAGAUUCUUUGAUACUUCCACGAUGAACAAAUAUGUGAUAUGUCUAAGAUUUAUAGUCAUUCGAUGAAUCCCAUGUCAGUUUAGAAGUCAUUUGUGUAAUUUCUCUUUGUUUAAUUGCUUUCCUAUAAGGUGUCUUGGAACUUUGCAUAUAUGUGUACAGAGGAAGUGACUGAAGCUGAUUUUCAUUUCGAAUUCUAUGAUUAUAAAAUCAUUUGCCAAAGGA